CAUAUUAUAGGUAGCGUUCGGUAUACUUACGAAGAUCCGUGUAUUUGUUUAUGUACUUGUAAAAGUGGUGUAUUAGUAAUCGGGAAGGUAAACAACUCAGUAAUUAUAAUAUAAACACGUUCUUAGAAUUGGGGGCAAGUUGUUGUUUUUUACAAAGAAACCAAAUACUCAAAGAAGUUAAACAAUGUUAAAGGCUUUGCUAUGUACCUUGCUAGCUGUUGUUGCUGUAGGAUCAAUCAGCUACAAAGAUGUUAUUAUGGAAGAAUGGGAAUCCUUUAAGAUUCAUCAUGGUAAGCAGUACAAUGAUGAAACUGAAGAACAGUUUCGCUUGAAGAUUUAUAUGGAAAACAAACGAAAAAUUGCUUAUCACAACCAGAAGUUUGCAAAAGGGUUGUUUACAUAUAGUGUGAACAUGAACAAAUAUGGAGAUUUGCUUCAUAGUGAGUUUGUUAAAAUUAUGAAUGGCUUGAAACGGAACUAUUGUGACCUCCAAGCUGUCCUGUAUAGAAAUACAACCACCUAUCUUAGUCCUGCUAAUGUGGUAUUACCCAAAGAGGUUGAUUGGAGAAAGCAUGAUUAUGUGACUCGUCAAGGACAGUGUGGGUCUUGUUGGUCAUUCAGUGCUACUGGAGCAUUAGAAGGGCAGCACUACCAUAAGACUGGUCAAUUGGUGUCUCUGAGCGAGCAAAACCUGAUUGACUGUUCAACUAAGUAUGGUAAUGAGGGCUGCAAUGGUGGACUGAUGGAUCAAGCAUUUCAGUAUAUCAAGGACAAUCAUGGUAUUGACACUGAGAAGUCCUAUCCCUAUGAAGCUCAGGAUGAUAGAUGCAGGUUUCAUAAGAAGACUGUGGGAGCUACAGAUACUGGUUUUGUGGAUUUGCCACAUGGAGAUGAGAAAAAGCUUCAGGAAGCUGUAGCCACUGUGGGACCUGUUUCUGUUGCAAUUGAUGCUAGCCAUGAAUCAUUCCAGUUUUAUUCCUCAGGAGUGUAUGAUGAACCAGAAUGUAGUAGUGUGGAACUAGAUCAUGGAGUUCUGGUAGUUGGAUAUGGUGAAAAUGAACAGGGCCUUGAGUACUGGCUUGUUAAAAACAGUUGAAACACAACCUGGGGUGAUCAAGGUUAUGUAAAAAUGAGAAGGAACAAGAACAAUCAAUGUGGAAUUGCCAGUCAAGCCAGCUAUCCUCUGGUGUAGUAGUAAUAAUACAGGUUGGAAUGACAUUCUGAAUGAAGCUGCAUUUAUGGUGCUUAUAUAGUUUUAUAUCAACAAACAUUUAAAUAAAAUUAUAAAGCUUUACAAUUUUUCUUUACAAAUCUUAACUUUAGAUGCUAACUUUUAUACAAAAAAUUUUUUGUUCCAUCAGUUCCUGAAGCUGAAGAUGUAGACAUGCUAAAUAAUAAGGUACAGUACUAAUUCUAUCAAUAAAGCUUUUUGUACAUCUUCUGCAUGGAAGCAAGUUAUUUAAAUGAACUAUUGUCAAUUGUUUUUAUGAAACAUUUACAUGUAAUUUAGGGUUACUUUCUUCUAAACUUUCACAUUAGUCACUGUUCCACAACAUGUAAACAAAGUAAUUAUUGUAUUUUGGCACUUGUGUAUAGAGUUAAAAUAAAUAAUAUUCAACGUUAAAACUGGUACACAAUUAAAAACAAUUCAUUUAGGCCUAUCUAUCUAUGGGCUUCAAAAAGUUGACAACUACAUGUUUCGACAUUGCAACAUCAUCCUCAG